CCAAUCUUUUCUUUCCAGCCUCAAAUCCCGUUUUUCCCAUCCCGUGAAGAACCAUGGCACGGUACUCCCCACCGUCGCUGCGCUGCUUCUUCCGCUGCGCCGCCAGCUCCGCCUCCCGAGCCGUAGGCAGCGGCACUCGGAAGAAGAACCUUGUAUUCUUGGGCUCUCCCCAGGUCGCCGCCUCGGUCCUGGACAAGCUGCUGGGCGCGUCCGGCUCCCCGGAAUCCGCAUUUCAGGUGGCUGCCGUCGUGACGCAGCCGCCGGCCGCCAAGAACAGGGGGAGGAAGUUGAUGCCGUCGGCCGUCGCGCAGUUAGCGCUCGAUCGCGGGUUCCCAGAGGAACUCAUCUUCACGCCAGAACGAGCCCGAGAAGAGUCGUUCCUGUCGGCCUUGAAGGAAGUGGAACCGGAUGUUUGCAUAACUGCUGCUUACGGGAACAUUCUGCCCCAGAAAUUUCUUGAUAUCCCAUCGUGCGGCACAGUUAAUAUACACCCAAGUUUGUUGCCUCUAUAUCGUGGUGCAGCUCCUGUGCAGAGGGCACUGCAGGAUGGUGUUGCAGAAACAGGUGUUUCCCUUGCAUAUACUGUCCGUGCAUUGGAUGCAGGUCCAGUGAUUGCGUGUGAAAGGUUUUCUGUUGAUGAAUGUAUUAAGGCACCAGAGCUACUUUCUAUGCUGUUUCAUUUAGGAUCCAAGCUAUUGAUUAAUGAACUUCCAUCCAUUCUUGAUGGUUCGGCUAAAGAUAAGGCACAACCACAGGAUGACUCCAAAGCUACACUGGCACCAAAGUUAAAUUCUGAGGAGUCAUGGCUAUCGUUUGACGAAGAAGCUAAAGUGCUGCAUAACAAGGUGCGGGCAUUUGCAGGAUGGCCUGGGACGCGCGCAAAGCUGCAACUCAUAAACCAAAACAGUGUACCCGAUGUACUAGAGAUUAAGGUUAUCAGCACGAAGGUUUCAACAUCAUGUGUCAAAGUUGGAGAUGAAAACGAGAUACUAUUCUCUGGGAGCUCGUUGCUGAUUCCUUGCAGUGGUUCGACCUGGCUCGAGGUGUUGGAGCUUCAACUCCCUGGAAAGAAAGUAACAAAGGCACAAGAUUUUUGGAAUGGUUUGCGUGGUCAGAAGCUGAUGAAAUUGCCAUAGGGGGAUAUCUGCAUUCGCAGCACAGGAGUGUGCCUAUAUGCAUAGCAAGGGUUAUUGAGGUCAGUCAUUGCGCGAACAUAAGCAGGGUAGUGCUAGAAGCCUAUAUGCGGAGAUCUCGGUUUUAUGACUACCUUUUCCUUCUGGUAAACUUGGUGCUAUAAACUCGUAACUCAGUUACAUUAGGCAUGCCAUUUGUAUUGCUUCCUCAAUUUCAGAAAACACACUGCUGUAACUAUUUCAGUUAUUCAAUUUUUCACUGUCAUAACUGAGCUACAAACAUUUGAGAAAUAAUACAGUUAUGUGGUGAGUAAUAAGGCAAUAAUUUGCCGUACC